UUGGAGAAGUGUGCACUGGAGGCUGACAUCCGAGCACUACUAGGAUUAGAUCGUGACGAGGAUGAGUACGGGGCGCAGGUUGGCGAGGUUGCUAGUCUGUCUAGGUGGUACAGAGGAUUUGGUUUGUUGGGUGUGGGAGCUUUGACUCAUUUGCAGCAGUCUGGUCCGCCAGCUAGAGAGGCUCAGUGUUACCUUCUUUUGCUGCUUGGGUCCACACUGUUCGUAGAUAAGAGUAAGGACCGCGUUUCUGCUGUUGUGAACUUGUUUGUGAAGAGGCCGGAUAUGCUAGGAGAGUAUGCGUGGGGGGCAGGAGCACUUGCUUAUCUGUACAGGCAGCUUGGUAUUGCCUCCCGGUCGGUUGGAGCCAUGAGAGCUGGAGCGGGGCAGGCAGGAGCAUUCUGGUGGCGCGGUACAGCACCCCGGUCGAGUAAGAAGAGGGAUGCACAGAUGCUGGCUUAUUAUCGGCAUGCGAUUGAUAGUUUGACCCCUCAGUCAGUUAGUUGGACUCCGUAUGGUCAUAGUCCUCAUCUGACGGUGAGAUGUACCUUGUAUCAGGGCCUGCUCAGAUUUGCAGAGAUAGCAGAAUAUUAUGAUCCCACUAGGUGCCUCCGACAGUUAGGCUACGUGCCGGGUGUACCGUAUCCACCGGAUCGUCCGCUUGUUGUGCGUCGACCUGCUUCCACGCUUGGAUACUCUCUUAGCUACUAG